GAGCGCAAUCGGAACUGAAGACAGGAGCAGAGUUCCUCCGUCGGUCGCCCGGCGCUGCUCUAGAGGUGAUGGCUCUCCCCGUGGCCUUCGUCGUGCUUGGGCUGCUCUGUCUGUCGGGCCUGGACGCCAUCCAGCGUUCUCCAAAGGUUCAAGUUUAUUCAAGGCAUCCAGCAGAGAACGGGAAGCCAAAUUUUCUGAAUUGCUAUGUAUCUGGGUUCCAUCCACCCCAGAUUGAUGUUCAGUUGUUGAAGAAUGGGAAAGAGAUGAAAACAGAGAAGUCAGACCUGUCUUUCAGCAAGGACUGGUCGUUCUAUCUUCUGGUGCAUGCAAAUUUCACUCCCAGUGCAGAAGAUGAAUACACCUGCGUUGUGGAGCAUAUUACUCUCACCGAGCCCACGAGAGUUAAGUGGGACUGGUAUAACUAACCAGCAGCAUGGAGCUUUGAAGGGGCCUCAUUUGACUGAACUAAUUCUAAAUUGUGUUUUCUAUCUUCUUAAUGCUUUUAUGCUUUUAUGCUUUAUGCACACAAGUUAAGAAGCAAUAUUAAUACAAAUAUUAUCACUGUACAAUUUUCCUUUAGGGCCUGUGUCUCCCUAGUUGAUCUAGCACCUCAGGGGGUUGCUGGCAACUUAGAAAUGGAGAAGAGAGGGGAGAAUUCAACAUUAAUUCAAUGAAAAAUUUUUUAUGUAAAACUCAUAUUUCCCUCAACCUGUGUUACACAUAUUUUGAUAUAUUUUCCUUUGCCAAUUAAAACAGUGGUAAAACU